UUUUCAGGAGGAUGGCAGAGUGUACUACGGUUUGUCCACCCUGUCCAUCUCAGAAGUUCACCGUCAGUUCAUCAACGUCCCCAUUACCUGCUGCGUACGGACCACUCUUAAACUUGAAUGUGGUGUGGCGUUGCUUCAAGAAGCGGACCACAGUGCGCUCUACACCAGCGUCUCUCUCUGCAUCUCAGCCUCCCUCGCUUUCGCUGCCUUCCUCUUCUUUAAAGUAGAUCUGGUGUUGGCCUACAGGAAACUCUUGAGACAUUUCUCCAAACAACAAAUUUCAGAUGGGAAGCUUUACGACGCCUAUGUGAGUUUCCUCCAUCCAGACACGAUCACUUCAGAUGUGACGGCAAACUUCGCCCUGCAGAUCCUGCCGAAGGAGAUGGAGAAACACGGCUACUCGCUGUUCAUCAGAGGACGAGACGACUGCCCUGGAGAAGCGGUGCAUGACGUCAUCGCUGCUAUGGUGCGCCGAUGCCACAGGUUGAUUAUCAUCCUGUCACCAGAGAUAAGAUUCUCCACUGAGGGCGAAACGGAGGAAGUGGAAGCCCUGUGUGACAACCAAACUCAGCUGUGUUAUGAGCAGAAAAUCGGCGUCCACGACGCUCUGACCCGCAACGAGCCCCGAGUCAUUCUGGUGGAAAUCGGCUCGGUAGAUUACAGAUGCCUUCCGGAGUCUCUGCGCUACAUCAAGAGGAAACAAGGAGCUUUGAAGUGGAAGAAACCCUCCCUCAAAACAAACAAAUGUAUCAAGUUUUGCUCAAACAGAAACUUCUGGAAGAGUCUGAGGUACAACAUGCCCUCAGUGCCUUCAGGGACACUCCACACCAUUGUUUAAAUGAAGUGAGGCUUGUUUCCUGGGAAUACUUCUUUUGACAUCCUGGAUCGGUUUUUUAUCGUCACAUGAUUCAUGUAAACAAACAAGACUGACAGCCUGGCUCGUUGCACACUGAAUGAAACCCAGAGAAACAUCUGCUGGAUUUCUUCCUGGAUUCAAACUCCUUAAACAAACCUGCUCAGCACGUUACAGACUUUCAGCUAUGUUCACAUUACUCAACAGAUCUAAAGGUUUACCAGUGUAAUGUACUAUUAUAUUUAUAUGAGGCGUGUUUUGUAUUCAAGUAAUCAAAACAGUCUUUAUUUAAAAAUGUCCUUGUACCUGGACAUGGGCUUAAUGAAGAAGAAGAAGAAAGAAGCCUUCCAAGAACAGCAUAGCUCUGUAAAAAUAUGAUCAGAAAGAAAUGUGAAAAGCAUAUGUGAACAGUAACAAUGAAGGAACACUUUUAUGAAGAUCAACAAUUUCACUUGCCUUUUUUCAGCUGCCUUGUCCUGCAUUGAACCUGCAACCUAAUUCUUGCCCUGAAAACACUUUAUGUAUUUAUUAUCUGACAAAUGUCUCAGUGUUUAUUAAAACAAA